UUUUAUUAGAGUAAAUUUUUUUACCAAACUCCUCUCCAUGUGAAAUAUUUUUUCUUGUUCCAAAGUCAGAGAACACUGGUGUUUUCUGACUGUUUAUAGUAAUGGUUCAUCGGAAGAUACAAUGAUCACUCCGAUGAAAUUAAGGUUGUGAAGUGGAGCACUCAACGUCACAAUAUAUAAUGACUAUUUCCAAGUUUAAAUAUUCGAAUGAUGCAAUAUUUUUCCAUAAAGUUAUUCGCGAGUGUUUUUUUUGCUAAUCACAGUUUCGACAUUUUAUCAAACUAUUCUAAGUUUAUAUCUCUAUCUUUAAUUUUGUUUUGCUUUUAAAAUUUUCAAAAAGACUGGCACAUUGUAUAUCUAAUAUGUUGUGUUAAAAAAGGUUACGAAUUCUAAAUUUGACUAAUUCUGAAAGUAAUAAUUAAAAGGAAAAAUAUUGACCAUCAGAAUAACUGGAAUAUUGGUUAACACAAACAUUUCCAAUCGUUUUUUUACCGUAUCACCUUUAUACUCUCUCCACCAUUAUUCUUCAAACAAUCAUUUUCUUUAGUUGCCUUCGAUUUUUUUUCCUUUUUCAUUUCUUCGUUUGCUGAACCUUUGUUCCUUGUUUCUUUUAUCCUGAAAUUUGAGGACUUUUAGGUGAAUUUAUAUCUGCUAAAAAAAGGUGAAUUUUUAGAUAUUUUUAUUUUUUAUCAAACCAUUUCUUGUUUUGUUUUUAAUUAUUUGGUUCUUUUUAAUAUAGGAUAACCCGCUAUCAGGAUAAACCUACAAGUUUCUGGGAUGCAAUUUUCUUUCUUAAGUUUGAUGAUCUUUCAUACGAUAGUUUUCCUCGUUAUUUGAUUGCCGCCAACUAUUGUGUUCUGGAAAGUGAUGAGCAUUUCAAAAAUCAGCAUUUUGCGAUUGUAAAAUCCUUGUUUUUGCAUGCAAUAAUUUCUUUGAUUUUGUCUUCUUGAUUUUUUCAUUUCUUUUUCCAUUACUAGCAUUUUUUUUCCUUCAUUUUCUUAUGUAAACAAAAAGAAAAUACCCGACUUCAAGAUCUAUGCAAUUUACAAUGUCAAGCUCAAGUAUGAAAAGCCUAUUGAAAGGCCUCCGGUACAUUUCUCAAGUAUUUGAAAGUGGAAAAGAAGAAGAAGAAGAGAUAGAGAUAGGGAAUCCAACGGACGUAAAGCAUGUCGCCCAUAUUGGUUGGGAUGGACCAUCCGCUACUCCUGCCUCCGCACCAAGCUGGAUGAACGAGUUCAAAGAUGGUGCUGGAUUAGAAUCUGAACAAGGAGGCGGAGAAGAUGAUUCCUCCGCGAGAUGUAUGUCGGAAUGUGGCGGUCGGACCAGAGAUUUACCAAAAUUACCAAAAUCUACGAGGAAAGCAGCUUCCGAGAAAGGUUCUCCAACAAGAGAAAUAUCAUCGGACAAAACUAAACGUCGGUCGUCGAAAAAAGGAACAACAUCAUCGUCAAGAAGACCAAAGGAAGUGUCUGAACCAAACGAGUUUUCUUCGUGGUCUAGUCCAGGAACAGGAAGUUUACCAGAAGUUCCGAAGAAAUCAAGGAGGAAGAAGAAGACGAAGGAAACUGGAGGAGGUUCAACUAGAUCGAUCGGAAGAUCUGACGUGGAUAACAUGUCUGAAACUGGUUCUGUGAGAUCUAUGCCUCAAUUCGACAACAGAGAUGACUUUUGAAAAGGAGAGACAGAAGAAGAGUCUUUCCUGCUUGGCUAAUUAAUUAUCACUGAACAUAACCAAUAUUAGAUUUGUUUUUAGUCUCAGUCUUGUACUAUUCUCUUUCACUUUAAUUACAACAAUGCUCUUUUUGUUCUUCUAUAUAACUGAAGAACGUGAACCUCCUAACAAGCAGAUUGGAAGGUACUAUGAUUUUUUUUUGGUUAAGAUGGGGCAAUAUUGUAACAGAAGAUUCCUUGUUACAAUAGGCACAAAACAUGUUUGUUUGAUACUGACGUGACACAUGAAACUCAGAUAAAUGUUAAAACAGAUACUCAAUUCUCUGAAAGCAUUUGUGCUU